CGCCUCGGGCCGAGAGGCGGGCAGAGCGGCGACGGGAGGGAGAGGUCAGGGAGUAAUAGCUCCGGCUCCUCUCACGGAGGAGGAAAAGGGAGGAGUACGCCCAUCAACAUCGCCCUCAAGGCCUCUUUCCAGCGCUCCAACAGCCAUGAUAAGGUAAGGAAGAUCGUAGCGGAGGAGGGACGCGCCGCUCGCAACCUCAUCGCCUGGAGUGUACCUCUGGAGAAUAAGGAGGAGGAAGGAAAAUCAAAGGUUCACAGCAACAACAAUGCAAGAGCUCAGCGAAUCAACUCUGGACAACACAGGAACAAAAAGCCUGCAGGACUGGACUGUAAGGCUGUGGCAGGGUCUUUGCUGGAGAAAGGAGCAGAGAAAAGCCCCACUAAAACCAGGCAGCCGAGGAAGGUAGAUCUGAGGGCGCGCUACUGGGCCUUCCUGUUUGAUAACCUGCGCCGGGCCGUGGAUGAGAUCUACGUGACGUGUGAAUCAGACCAGAGCGUCGUGGAGUGUAAGGAGGUGCUGAUGAUGUUGGACAACUAUGUACGGGACUUUAAAGCUCUCAUCGACUGGAUCCAGCUACAGGAGAAGCUGGAGAAAACUGAUGCCCAAAACAGGCCCACCUCUUUGGCUUGGGAGGUUCGCAAGAUGUCACCAGGACGCCAUGUCAUGCCCAGUCCUUCAACAGACCGAAUCGUUCCAUCUCCCAGUGUUCGCCGCUCCCUUAACUUUGGGGGUCCUCCUCCAACACUUGCAGUAGCGCGUCUCUCCCACUCUGGCCCCAGCUGGGCUGACCGGGUGAAGUUCUCUCAGGCUCUGCCUGUGCCAAGCCAGAAUGUUCCAGGCCCCACAGAGAAACCUGGAAAAAAAGAUGCCGAGGGCUGGGAGACGGUACAACGUGGACGCUCAAUGAGACCUCGUUCUAUCGCCAUGGUAGCCAAGGUCAGCCCUGUCCUGGCCCACGUCAGUCCCAAAGAUGUCAACAAUAAGGAGAACCAGGAGCUCCAAGCCUCUCCCCAGGAGAAGGCUCAGGGGCCAGGGGAGCAGGGGGGAUACGACGAGCUCGCCUCCCCAGAGCAAAAACCAGAGUGUGAGAAGGCUUCCGUCAUUGAGCCUCCAUCAGACAGUGAUCAAGAGCCUGGGCAGUCUGUCAGUUCUACCUCCGACUGUGUGCCACCCCUUGUGUCCGAAUCCCCUCCAGCCCCAUCUUCGCCCCAACCUCAACCUCAACCUCUAGCUCCAGCUCCAGAUCCUCUGUCAUGUUCCCAGUUGGAGGAGGCUGGUGCUGGACUGGCUGGUGGAGAGGAGCAGGAACAGGCGGGUGUGGGGGCAACGUGGCAGGUCACGGCACCAUCUGCUGCCGAAGGAGCAGCAGCAGCAACAGCGGCAGCCUAUAUUCCCCUGGCAGCGGUGAAACUGGAGAGCAUGCUGGACCCCACAGAGUUUUCCACCCCCCAGUCCAUGGCUGAGGUCCUGGCUAAGAAGGAGGAGCUGGCUGACCGGCUGGAAAAAGCUAAUGAGGAGGCCAUCGCCAGCGCCAUUGCUGAGGAAGAGCAGCUGACCCGAGAGAUCCAGGCAGAGAACAACGAACUGGAGACGGACAACGAGAGCGACUUCUCUGCGAGCAUCGGGAGUGGAGGUUGUGGACUCAAUCUAGACUGGAGUGACAUGCUGGCUGACUAUGAUGCGCGAGAGCCCUGGCGUCAGAGCACUUCGUGGGGAGACAUAGUGGAGGAGGAGCCAGCUCGGCCCCCUGGCCACGGCAUCCAUAUGCAUGAGAAACUCUCCUCACCAUCCCGCAAAAGAACCAUAGCUGAGUCAAAGAAGAAACACGAAGAGAAGCAGCUGAAAGCUCAGCAGCUGCGAGACAAGCUGAGAGAGGAGAAGACCCACAAACUGCAGAAACUUUUAGAGCGAGAGAAGGAGGUGAGGAAGUGGAAAGAGGAGCUACUAGAUCAGAGGAGGAGGAUGAUGGAGGAGAAGCUGCUCCAUGCUGAGUUCAAGCGGGAGCUGCAGCUUCAGGCCAUCGUGAAAAAGGCUCAAGAAGAGGAGGCAAAGGUGAACGAGAUUGCAUUCAUAAACACACUGGAGGCUCAGAAUAAGAGGCAUGAUGUGCUGGCCAAGCUGAACGAGUAUGAACAACGUCUCAAUGAACUGCAAGAGGAGCGGCAGAGGAGGCAGGAAGAGAAACAGGCCAGAGAUGAAGCUGUACAGGAGCGUAAGCGGGCUCUAGAGGCAGAGCGACAGGCGCGCGUGGAGGAGCUGCUGAUGAAGAGGAGAGAGCAGGAAGCACGGAUUGAGCAGCAGCGGCAGGAGAAGGAGAGGGCAAGGGAGGAUGCUGCCCGAGAGAGAGCCAGGGACCGUGAGGAGCGUCUGGCUGCCCUCAGUGCCGCUCAGCAAGAGGCCAUGGAGGAGCUGCAGAAGAAGAUCCAAAUGAAGCAUGACGAAAGCAGCCGCAGGCACAUGGAGCAGAUUGAGCAGAGGAAGGAAAAGGCUGCUGAGCUGAGCAGUGGCAGACAUGCCAACACAGACUACGCACCCAAACUCACUCCAUACGAACGCAAGAAGCAGUGCUCCCUCUGCAGUGUUGUGAUCACCUCCGAGGUGCACCUGUUCAGUCACACCAAGGGCAAGAGACACCAGCAGGCAGUGAGGGACAGCAGCAGCAUCCAGGGCAGAGAGCUGUCUGAUGAAGAGGUGGAGCACCUGUCUUUAAAGAAGUACAUAGUAGACGUAGUGACGGAUACCACUGUGGCUGUGGAGAGUGCCAAGGAUGGGGAGGAGAGGCAGAAAGCACGGAAAAAGGCCAAGAAACUCCGUGCACGAAUGAACUCAAGGGCUAAGGAGUAUGAGACAUCCAUGGAGGCUAAGAUGCAGAUUCCAGAUUCUCCUUACAAGGCCAAGUUGCAGCGUCUGGUGAAGGACUUGGGAAAGCAGCUGCAGGGGCAGGACAGUGGCCAGUGGGCCAACAACAAAGUAUCUGGCUUAGACAGGACCCUGGGUGAAAUCUCCCGCAUUCUGGAGAAACAGAAUAAUGCAGAUCAGGUAGCUUUUCAGGUCGGAGGGGGUCUGUCUGCCCUGGAACAGAUUCUGCAGGUAGUCACUGCGGCCUCCACUCCAACAGCCAUCCCACGCAUUCCACUCAAGUCUCUGUGUGCCGCUGUAAAUGUGUAUUACCUGGCCUGCUCCCGCUGCUACAGCAACUGCUCUUAUGUUCUCUACAGCAACAAAAUCGCCCCACUCAUGGACCUUCUGCUCCACCAGUUAACGCUGUAUGUUCCAGACGAGGAUAAGUCCAUCUUUGGCCGCAGUGUGAAUAAGCAGGUAUUUGAGGGCUUGACCACCGGUCUGCUCCAGACCACAGCUACAGUACUCUCGCUCCUGCAUCCCUCUGGGCUGGAGGCUGGGAGAGAAUCUCCACAGAUCUGCCCGCCUGAUGCCAAAAGUAAACUGGCCAGCGGAGAAAACUUCAACACCCGUGCUCAAGACCUCAUCAGCUAUGUGGUGAAUAUGGGCUUGAUUGACAAGUUGUACGGCUGCUUCCUGUCUGUGCAAGGCCCGAUCGAUGAGAGUCCUAAGAUGUCUGCCUUUCUGGAGCAGGCUACAGCUCUGCUCCACGCCAUGUGCAAACUGUGCUUUGCUGUGAUCAGCCGAUCCCCUAGUAUCUUUGACAACAAGCGGCAAGACCCCACCGGGCUGACAACGUUGCUACAGAGCACAGACCUGGUUGGUGUUCUACAUAUGCUGUACUGUAUCCUGCUCCACAGUGCCCUGCCCGAGCCCCAGGCUGUUGGCCCGGCAUCACCACAGGAGCCCUACAGUCCAGCUGUGGUCCAGGUGGCCCUGCAGAGCCUGCGCUUCCUUAACAGCUUUGCCCUGCUGGACCUCACUGCCUUCCAGGCUGUUCUAGGAGCAGAGGGGUUAUCUCUGGCCUUCAGACACAUCGUGAGUUCUCUGCUGUGGUUCUGCUCUCAGAACAGCUCAGAGGAACUUUUGCAUGAAGUCAUCAUCUGUGUGGGUUACUUCACGGUCAACCACCCUGACAACCAGGUGAUCGUGCAGUCUGGCCGGCAGCCCAGCGUGCUGCAGAAAUUGUGUCAGCUGCCGUUCCAGUACUUCAGCCACCCACGCCUCAUCAAAGUGCUCUUCCCCUCACUCAUCAGCGCCUGCUACAACAACCAGCAGAACAAGGUCAUCCUGCAGCAGGAGAUGAGCUGUGUGCUUCUGGCCACCUUUAUACAGGACUGUGCCUCCAGCGAGAACCAGACAGACAGCAGGCCAACACAAGAGAGGAGCUGUGCUGCGCUGGAUUACUGUGAGCUCUCCAACCGAUUCCCCAGAGAGCAGUGGGACUCCGCACUUCACUUCUUCCUCAACAAGCAGGAGGAGUGAGCCAGAGGAGCUCACACUGGACUACAUACUCUGCAACAAAACGACCAUUCGUACCAGCACAUUUACUCUAAGCACUACAUCUCUACGUUGAAAAAAAAAUGAAUUUCACUUUUUUCCUGUACUUCUUUAAUUACUGGGUUAGUGGGCUUCUAGCCAAACCUUACAAAUAUGACCCCUGCAUGUAUCAACUGAAUUUUGUUUUGAUUUUAUUAGCUCUGUUUAAUAACGGUGCAUUAACAAAAUAAUGACAUAGUAGAUGUAGCCGAACUUUUUUGAACGUGCAAUGCUGACAUCACACACUGUAAUAACAAACUGUUUGCACAAUGCAGGUACUUAAGGGCAGUUAUAACAAGUCGCAUUUACAGAGUGAUCUGAAUGUAUGAAUAUAUUUCUUGUGUAAAUAUAGUUAUUAGGGUCGUCGAUAUGAAGUGAAAUUUGUCUUCUUCCGAAAGAAGAGAUCCAUUGAAGCGGAUUUCUGGAAUGCACAAUAGUUUACUGUUCCUCUCCAAGCUGGAUAUAGACCUUAGUGUUUUAUAAAUUAUAAGCUAUGUAUUUUGUUUUGUAAAUAAAAGAUGUUUGAAGAAUAUUUCACAAGAACUCUUGCUGUUCAGAGAGUAGUCAGUUACUUUACGGUUCUUGGUGAAAUCACUAUGCAUAAAAAAGGAACAAUGAAAAUCGCUUUCAAGAGUUGACAUGAGUCCUGAUUUCUUUACUGUUUUUCAUACUUGUAAUUUAUAUAGUCUUGAGUAUUUGACCACGUGUGUGUGUGUGCCUCUGUCUCUCUCUCUCUCUCUUUCUCUCUGUGUGUGUGUGUGUGUGUGUGUAUAUAUGUAUAUAUAUAUAUAUAUAUAUAUAUAUAUAUAUAUAUAUGUGUGUAUGUGUGCACACACACAUAUAUAAAUAUUAACCAUAAUUUACUUUUCAUAAACACUGUGUAAGCCAUAUUUAUGUUGCUGUUAUCCUUGUUUUCUUUGUACUGAGAAGUGAAGCACUUAUAAUUUAUGGAAUUGAUUUUUUUUCACAUUUAAUAAAAUAUUUAAGGCA